AUGAGCCACCGCUCCACUGGACGUACGGACGGCUCUGACAGACACACGUACAGCCGGGGAAGGAAAAGGGACACGGACAGGCACGGGGGUCACUGCACCGUGUCCGUGCCGUGCCGUGCCGUGCCGUGCAAGCCGUCCGGCGACCUCGUCCUGGACGGCUCCAGCACGCUGACGCUGCUCACCUCCACCCUGCAGCACCUCACGCAGGUCUUCGAGCAGCACCUGGGCUCCCGCAACCAGAACCGCGGCUUCGUGGCGCUGCCCUCGCACCCCGCCGAGACAGCCGCCAUCCUCCAGGCGCAGUUCCUCUUCGACGUCCUGCAGAAGACUCACUCUCUGAAGCUCAUUCAUGUUCCAAACUGUGUUUUGCAAUCUGCUGUGAAGAUCUUCCCUUUCAAGUCCCUCCGGCAUCUGGAAUUGAGGUCUGUCCCUCCACACUGCCUCCGGGGACUGCGAUUUGUCUAUUCUCAGCUGGAAUCUCUCACCUGUUGCAAAUGCAUCAGUACACUGGAGGAAAUAAUUUCAGCAUGUGGUGGAGAUCUGAGCUGUGCUCUCCCAUGGUUGGAACUGCAGACUAUGAACUUCAGCUAUAAUUCAAUUACUACCUUGGAUGACUCACUGCAAUUACUGAAUGCUCUGAGGGUCUUGGAUUUGAGUCACAACAAGAUCCAGGAUUGUGAGCACUAUUUAACGACGCUUACAGAGCUAGAAUACCUCAAUCUGGCAUACAACUUCCUGUCCAAGGUGCCAAACCUUGGCAUCUUCAGCCGAUCCAAGCUGGUGACUCUCAUCCUGCGCAACAAUGAGCUCGACAGCAUUAAUGGGGUGGAACAGCUUGUGAAUCUGCAGCACCUGGAUGUGGCCUACAACCUGCUGCUGGACCAUGCCCAGCUGGCACCAUUGUCCAAUCUGCACUAUUUAAAAAAACUACAUUUGGAGGGAAACCCAAUAUGGUUCCAUCAAAAUCACCGAUCUGCAGCCCUUGUCCAUGUGUCUCCCAGGGCAGCCUUCUCCAAUUUCUUCUUGGACGGGGAGCCACUCUCUUCCUCAGACCUAAUGCAUCUCCCAAGACUUGUGCAAAGCGUGUCCCAGUCCAUCCACACCUCUACCUCAGAGAAGACUGCUCUGGACCGCAGUGCACUGGAGAGCUCCUGUGCUGCAGACUUCAGCGACAGUCAGUCCCCAUCAGAGAGUGUGGCCGUCAGGAUCCCUCGAAAGAAAAGCAAGGGAAAAGUCAAAGUGCGCAGGGCAAGUAUUUCGGAGCCAAGUGACACAGAACACGAGCCCCAGGUGUUACCUCUCUCUGCUGGUCUGGUCCUGGAGCAUCAGGAGGAGAUGAAGCGCUUGGCCAGCUUCAGAGAUCGCUUUGGUGCUGACUGGCUGCAGUACAAGAGACACCUGGAGGAGCAUGACCAGGGACCCGUCAUGUCCCGCAGCCGUUCUGCAGAUGAGAUCACAGACAGACCUGCUGUCAUGGGCUUGCAGAAUGACAGCUCUGACCCAGAGCAAGAAAAGCCCCAAAUAUCCCAGGAAGGAUCCUCUCCUCCUUUGGAUGACACUGUAAAGGAGGAAGAACCUGAAGUACAGCUGGAUGAGCCUGUGGAAGGGGAACAGAGAGAAGAAGAGGAGGCAGAUGAGUUAAUGCUUGGAGAGGAAGAAGAGGAGAAGGUAGAAGUGGACCUGUGCCAGCCAGUGCUGGUGAGCCAAAUAGAAGGUGAAGGGGACCCAGAGCCAGACUGGAUCUUCCUGCGAGUCACAGCUAAGCAUGUGAUUGAGGUGGAACUGAAGGCUGCCAGAGUCCUCCACAAGCUGGAGCUGAAAUGCCUGAAGAGUGUGGAGACCUCUGAGUUGACCUGGAAGAGGAUGGACCUGGAGCGGGUUUUCCCUGUCCUCACGUUGCACUUCAGCUACAUUCGCAAGGACCGGCAGAAGCGCAAAUACGUGGUGCUUGACGACUGCCCAGAGCAGUGUCUGCAGUGUAUCCUUGAAGUGUUGUCCCCUGCUGUUGAGGAGAAUCGGCGAAAUCAGGACCAAGAAAAAGGAUCCAUGAAACUGCAGUGCCUGAAAUGCAAGCAGGAGUUUUCACAGUCCCUGGCCCCCUGGCAUCAAGGUUCCUAUCCUUCAGAGCUUGGAGACACCAAAAUCCUGGAGAAUCUAGUUGCCUCAGAUCAAGGUCCUGCAGUAGCUGGCGAGCCCAUAGCCUGUCCCAGUUGUUGCAGUGACCAUGUGGUCAUUCUGCCUUCAGAGGAGUGCUCCAGCACACCUCUGCCGCCUGGUGCCGACAGCACGAGCGAGGACCUGUCAGACUCUGUGCUGGAGGGAGGCAGCCAGCAGGAGGGCCCAGAGGAAACGUCUGUCCUGGCCAGUGAGAGCGGGAAGUUCUACAUUGGUGGGGAGGACAGCUCGGAAAUAGACACCAGCAACAGCACCAGGACCCCAGAGCUGAGCACUGAGCCUGACAGCACUCUUCAUCCCAGCUCCCAUGGAUCAGAUGGUGCCUGUGGGAAGGAGCAGGGUGUGAAGAGCCAGUACUUGUCCCUCAGCCACACGGACACCAACGGGGGCAGCCUGAUGGGAAGCUACCAUUACAGUGUUUCUCGGGGGCCCACUCCUUCCUCGCUGUCUUUGAACUCUGAGUCCGAGGAAACAUGGAAUCUCAGUCCUUCUGUAAACAGCGUCCUGAACACCAGGGACUUCCGGGCAGUGGAUCAUCGCCUGAAGCUGUACCUGGACAUGGAAGUUUUUGAGGAGAAUGCUGAGGAGUUCCAGUGCUUCCUCAAGGUGGUCAUGGUGAAGUUUGGCCGGCAAGGAGAGUUCCUCUCAAUCCUGGUUGCUUCUGAUGUCAAGAUUUAUGUGCUGGAAGUCACCAGAGCUAUCAGGGGACAACCUGCAGACUGGCUGAAGAAGAAUGACUCUCACUACCUGUCUGAUAUUUCUCAUCUGGAAGUGGGACUCCGCCACCAGAGCUUGCGAAUGGAGUUUCAGAACCCAAAAACUUCCUACAAUCUGCUGAUCCGAAACCAAAGCUGCUGUGACCAGUUCCUGCAGACCCUGACAGAUCUCAUGCAAGAACUACCUGCUAAGCACAGGAGUAAGGUGAAGGAAAUCCCCACUGUGGAAAUGAAUCCCCAACAUUGGCUAUGGCCUCUGCUGGACUCCAAGACCACAGAUUCUGCAGCUGCAGGUGGCACUUGUUUCUUCUACCUGCUGGCCUACCUGAUCCAAGGGGCAUCUGCUUUCCCUGUGACCCUGCUGAGUACCCGAAGCAUGCUAUUUCUGCUGGAGGAGAAUCACCAGUGGCAGGUGCAGCCCUCCUUGGAUGAAGACCAUGAGGCAGAAAUGCUUCCUAGAAGCAACAUCCAGUUGAAGGAGAAGCAGCCAAUCACCAGUAUUAGCAAUAUCAUAACCUAUCGCCUCUGUCCUUGUGACAUCAAGCUGAUGCUGUAUGAUGAGGUACUGAAGCUGGAGAGCACUUGGCACAUCCACACAGAGUGCCCUGAGCUCCUGGUAGAGCUGGUGGAGUGGAUCCGUGGGCCCUGGGAGGAGAUGUUCUCAAUCGAGCUCCGGAAGGCUGUGUAUGAGGCACUGGAGUGAGCCUGGUGA